AUGGCAUUGUUCGAUGUGCCGAUCAGGGGAUUGGUAAUCUUCAGCUUCGUGGCGCAUAUCUUGCUCGUCGUCUUUGCCGGAGUCCGUCGCCGCAAGGCGACGAGCAUUUGCACCGUCAUCCUAUGGGGAGCGAAUCAGGUGGCCCGUUGGGCGCCGAUCUCGGCGCUGGGCAAGCUGUCCGCCGGCGGCACGCCGCAGCAGGAGCAGCUGGUGACGCUCUGGGUGGCGUUCAUGCUUCUCCAUGCCGGUAUGCCUGACAACAUCACUGCCUACUCACUGGAGGACAGUGUUCUCGCAUGGCGCCAAAAGAUAACUGUGAUAAAUCAGCUGAUGGGACCAGUUUCACCAGCCUCUAUUCUUAUCAUGAAUUGGUUCUUCAUCAGCAGUGGCGACACCAUGAUCCUCAUCUCCUCGGUCGUCUGCAUCAUGGCCAUAUUCAAGUAUGUGGAGGGGGCAGACUACGCGCUGUCGCGCGGCAACCUGGAGAACAUGCGAAGCUUAAGAAAUGAUGAGAAGAAGAUGUGUCCAGGAGGACGACGAAACAGCCUGCAAAUUGCUAGGCGUGGAGGCAGGAAGCUGGAUGAUGAGCAGAUCUUGCUGGUCGCUCAUGACAUGCUCUAUAUCACCAAGGACGCCUUCAUCGAUUAUUUGGGCGAGAAGAAUGGAGAUGCCGACGAACAAGAGGCACUCUCCAGCACCUGGGAUGAGGCGGUGUACAAGGUGGUGAGCAUGGAGCUCUCUCUCAUGUACGACAUCCUCUACACCAAGAAGACCAUGGUGCACACAUGGGGUGGCUACGCCAUCCGUUUCGCCUCGCCGUUCGUCGGAUCAACGGCGUUCCUGAUGUUUUGGUUCCACAGCAAGCAAGGGCAGGCGAUGGUGGACGUGUUGAUCACCUAUGUCUUACUGGCUAGCACCGUUAUCUUGGACAUCAAAUGGCUUCUUAGAGCUGUGGCGUCCACAUGGACCUAUUCGUUCCUGAAUGAUAGGCCAAGACUGUGGCUCCAUCAUGCAGUUUUGUGCUCAGGGAAAUGGCGGCUGAUCCGUCGCAUCAUCAUCUCUUUGAAUCUGUUUCGGUUGAUCGCCAACAAGAAGCCAAGUAGCUACAGGAUGUGGUCAGGAACCAUUGGGCAGUACAACUUGCUGCGCGAGUGCACUUGUGAUGAGAAGGAGAAGACAACCGGCUACCGGAGUUCAGUGUUGAAGCGGAUUGCGCCGGAGAACAUGUGGAUGGAGUACGAAUACCACAACUUGAGGGGCACACAAAUUUCAAGACAUUUGAAGGAGCCAUUGUUCAGUCGUAUUUGGGAAAACAUGAAGCUGGCCUUCCCAAAAAGAGACCCACCUCCCCUCCAAGUUUCGUCUCAUCCUUGUCCUCCACCUGCAGCUGCACCUCCAGCUCCACCUCAAUAUGCACUUGAUCCACAUCAGGAUAUAAACAACGCUCUCGAUUUCACUCCUGAUAUGCAGGAGACCAUUCUCAUCCUGCACAUCGCCACAGACAUCUUCCUCUUAAGCGAGAAUUCCCAUAAAAUUCAGGCAUCAGCGUGGGUGGAGGCAAUCAGGGUGUUGUCAAAUUACAUGAUGUUCCUCGUCGCGGUGCGACCCAACCUACUGCCGGGGCUCGCCCUGAGCAGUCGGUACGAAGCCGUCGUUGGAGCUCUGGGUGAAAAAUGGAAGGAGGAGAAGAGUCCAUCUUUGGCCGGCUCUAACGCGAGAGAGAAGCGUCUCGCCGACAUGCUGCUUGAAGCAGAAAGCAAGAAAGGUCUAGCACCGGUGAGAUACUACGAGUGGCUUGGAGGUAACAAGGAGAUCAUGGAACCAGGAGGCUUCCUAAGUGUUCUUUACGACUCAAGUUAUAUCCUGUCAGAAGGAACUAGGCUAGCAGGUCUUCUCCUGAACUGGGAAACAAGGAGUGGUUACAAAGGUGACGAAAGCAAUCUUCACAAGACACUCAGGAAGAAAUUCGAGCGGCUGUUCCCGGAUUUGAUGAAGUCUGAAGGAGAGAAGGAUGAAUUGCCGGAGGAUGUGACGGAUGCCAUCUUCAGGGAGUGGGUGCGUCAGCUGAUCAAUGUGUCCAUCCGAUGCAGUAGGGAUUCGCAUGCCAAGCAGCUCGGCCGUGGUGGUGAGCUCACCACCGUUGUGUGGAUCCUUGCUGAACAUGCUCGCAUACUUCGUGUCAAGCAGACAAGAGAUAGAUAG